GUCCUUCUUCUCCAGCCGCCGCCACCGCCGCCGCCCGCCCUCCACCGCGCCGAGCUUCGCCCCUGCCCACCCCUCCACCUGCAGGCCGCGCAGAUCCCCGGCGCCCGGCCUUUCUCCGGCUCUCGGUGGGCUGAGAGAACGAGGCAGUCCCGCGGCAGGCUCUCCCGGGAGUGAAUGCCUUUCCCCUCGUCGACUCUGCCUCAGUGUUCUCCCCGUCGCGUCCCACCUGAUUCCCUGUCCUCGCACACUCCCCCGUCGCCAUGAGCAUCAACGGCGGCUCGCACCCGCGGAUCAACACCUUGGGCCGGAUGGCGCGGGCAGACUCGGGCACCGACGUGCGCUACGAGAUGAGCUCCCAUGUGGUGGGGGGCGGCGGCGGCGGCACUCACACCCACAAGACGUACUAUUACCAGAAGACCUACGGCGGGGACUAUGCUUCCGACGGAUACGGCCAGAACGGGACCUGUACAGUGUCCAGACGCCAGAACACCAUCCAGGAGCUUCUGCAAAACUGUUCAGAUUGCCUGAUGCGAGCGGAGCUCAUUGUGCAACCUGAAUUGAAAUAUGGAGAUGGUGUCCAGAUUAGAGGGAACAGAGAUCUGGAAGAGUGUUUUGCCCAAGCAAAUGACCAAAUGGAUAUUCUGGAUGGGCUGAUCAGAGAGAUGAGGCAGAUGGGCCAGCCCUGUGACAUGUAUCAGAAAAGGCUGCUUCAACUUCAAGAGCAAAUGCGUGCCCUGUACAAAGCCAUCAGCGUUCCCCGUGCCAGGAGGGCCAGCUCCAAAGGUGGCGGUUGCUACUCCUCUCAGAGUGGCUCAGGGUGGGAUGAGUACACGAAACGUGUCACAAGUGAAUGUCUGAGCUGGAUGAGGCAGCAGAAGACUGAAAUGGAGCUAGUGAAAUGGGGCUUUGAUGCCGCAUCCAUUGAGCAGCAAAUUGGUGACCACAGAAGAACUCACAAUGCCAUCGGGGACUAUCGCUGGCACUUGGACAAAGUCAAAACAGAUCUGCGGGAAAAGGCCGCGGUUCACCAGCUGGAGGAAGAAUAUGAAGGACUACUGAAAUACUCAUUUGAGAGAAUGGAUCAGCUCCGACAAUUCCAGAACCUCAUCCAAGCCACCAGCAGAGAGAUCAUGUGGAUCAAUGACUGUGAAGAAGAGGAGCUUCUCUAUGACUGGAGUGACAGGAACACUGACAUUGCCAGGAAGCAGGAGGCCUUUUCUAAACGGAUGAGUGAACUGGAGCUUAAAGAAAAAGAACUCAACAAGCUAAAGCAAGAAAGUGACCAGCUAGUGCUCAACCAGCACCCUGCUUCGGACAAAAUUGAGGCCUACAUGGAUACAUUACAAACUCAGUGGAGCUGGAUUCUUCAGAUCACCAAAUGCAUUGAUGUUCACCUGAAAGAGAAUGCAGCUUACUUUCAGUUCUUUGAAGAGGCCCAAGCCACAGAGUGCUACCUGAAAAACUUACAAGACUCCAUCAGAAAGAAGUUCAUCUGCGAUAAGAGCAUGUCACUGCAGUCUUUGCUGGAGCAGAUCAAAGAGCUAGAGAACGAGCGGGAGAGAAUUUUGGAAUACAAGAGACAAGUGCAGAGUUUGGUGAAUAAAUCCAAGAAGAUUGUGCAGCUGAAGCCACGCAACCCAGACUACCGGAGUAACAAGCCCAUUAUCCUCAAGGCUCUGUGUGAUUACAAACAGGAUCUGAAAACAGUGCGCAAAGGAGAUGAGUGUAUCCUGAAGGACAAUAACGAGCGCAGCAAGUGGCUGGUGACUGGCCCCGGAGGAGUUGACAUGCUGGUGCCAUCUGUUAGUCUUAUCAUCCCACCCCCCAAUCCGUUAGCAGUGGAUCUUGCUACCAAAAUUGAGCAGUACUAUGAAGCCAUUUUAGCUUUAUGGAACCAGCUGUAUAUCAACAUGAAGAGCCUGGUGUCUUGGCAUUACUGCAUGAUUGACAUUGAGAAGAUCAAAGCGAUGACUAUUGCCAAGCUGAAAACAAUGCGCAAGGAGGAUUACCAGAAAAUAAUAACUGACCUGGAGAUCCAUUACCAAGAAUUCCUUAGGAACAGCCAAGGCUCAGAGAUGUUUGGUGAUGAAGACAAACGGAACAUCCAGAGUCAGUUCACGGAUGCUCAGAAGCACUACCAGACCUUGAUUAUACAACUGCCCAAUCAACCACGACAGCCACAGACAGUGGUUCCAACUGAGGCCUGCCCUGUGGGUUCCUCAAACACCAUUAUUGUUAAUGAGAGAAACCGAGAACACGAGAAGCAGGAGGCCUGGCUGCUGCUGGAGCUUCAGAAACUUCGGCGCCAGAUUGAAGCUUCUGAGAUCCGGAUGGUUCAGAGGGCUCCUCUUGGAAUGGAUCAAGGGGCUAUGCAUGACUUUUCAGCCAGGAUAAAGGAUUUAGAGGGUGUGCAGAAUGACUCUCAGAUAAUGGCUGAAACCCUCAAUAAGCAUAAGGACUUGCUGCCUAACUUCAGAGGCUGUGAAAAGUAUGUGUACUUGCAGUCAGAGAUAAAUGCCCUAUUUCAAAAACUGGAAAAUAUUAAUGGUGUUUCUGCUGGCUACUUAGACAGCUUGAACUCUCUGAGGUGUCUGCUCCAGAUGAUUCUACAAACAGAAGAUGUGAUCAGAGUCUUUGAAGUCAGGCUGUCUGAGGAGGAGACUGUUCCCUUGGAUCUUGAUAAAGUAGAGGCUUAUCGGGCUUGUCUGAAGAAAAUGAAAGCAGACCUAAACAUGAAGAAGUCACUCCUGAAUACCCUGGAAAAUGAGCUGCAGAAAACACUUCAGAUUCACUCACAAUCUUGCCAGUCGUAUACCUUGUAUGACAUGGACAUUGGGAAGUUCUGUGACAAAGUUACCCAGCUCAUAGACCGCUGGCAGAGAGCUGAUAAGCAGAUAGAUAACAGAUCAUGGGAUUUAGAAAGGCAAAUCAAACAGCUGAAAACUUACCAAGAUCUCUACCACGCUCUGUGCAAAUGGAUGACGGAUGCCAAGCGCAGGCAGGAUGCUAUCGAGUCCAUGAAGCUGUGUGACUGCAACGCCAUCAUGAGAUACCUCCAUGAUCAGAAGAACUUACACAGUGAAAUCUGUGGGAAGCGAGACAAAGUUGAGGAGCUUCUCAAGCAUGCAGAUCAGUGCUCGGCUGCAAUUAAGGAUUAUGAACUGCAAGUUGCUUCCUACAGUUCUGGAUUAGAGACCUUGCUCAACAUACCUAUCAAGAAGAGCGUGGUUCAGUCUCCUGCAGUGCUGAUUCUACAAGAGGCUAGCGAGGCUCAGACUCGCUACAUAGAGCUUCUCACACGAUCAGGAGAUUAUUACCGAUUCUUAAGUGAAAUGUUGAAGAGCAUGGAGGACUUGAAGAUGAAAAACACCAAAAUUGAACUCCUGGAAGAAGAACUCAGACUUGCCAGGGAUUCAAAUUCAGAGACAAGCAACAAACACAAAUUCUUGGAGCAAAAUCUGCAAAAGUACCAGAUAGACAUUUCUCAGCUCAAGGCAAAGCUGAUGAGUUUGGAGGAGAUGAAAAGACAAGCUGAAAUGGAUGGCAAUUCUGCUAAGCAAAACCUGGACAAAUGCUAUGCUCAAAUCAAGGAUCUAAAUGACAGAAUAACCAGGCUGACUUAUGAGACUGAAGAUGAGAAAAGGAAAAGGAAGUUGCUGGAGGACAGAUAUGAGCAACAGAAGAAUGACUAUGACCAGCUGCAGAAAACCAGACAAAACGAGAAAGACAGCCUUGGCUGGCAAAAGCUAGAGUCUGAGAAGGUCAUCAAGGAGAAGGAGUACGAGAUAGAAAGAUUAAGGGUUCUUCUGCAGGACGAAGGAACACGGAAGAGGGAGUAUGAAAAUGAGCUGGCUAAGGUAAGAAACCAGUUUAGCGAGGAGAUGAGUAAUUUAAAGAACAAGUAUGAAACAGAAAUAAAUAUUAAGAAGACCACAAUCCAGCAGAUCGCUGCACAGAAAGAUGAUGAUGCAAAAGGCCUCAGAGCCCAGGUUGACAGACUGACAAGAGAAAACAGAGACCUCAAGGAUGAGAUUGUGAGGCUGAAUGAUGCCGUUCUGCAGACCACAGAUCAGCGGAGGAGAGCAGAAGAAGAUGCUCUUCAGCAAAAGGCUUGCAGUUCUGAGGUGUCUCAGCAAAAGCAUCAGCUGGAGCUGGAGCUGAAACAGAUCAUUCAGCUUCGUGGUGAAGACAACUCAAGAUACAAGCAGGCUCUUGAGGAGGCUGCCUCAACCAUUCAGGAUAAAACUAAGGAGCUGGAAAGGCUGAAGCUUCAGCUUCAGGAAGAAGCUAAAAGCCGAUGGGAGCUUGAAAAUGAACUGGCUAAGGUAAGGAACAGUUAUGAUGAGGAAAUUAUUAGUUUAAAGAACAAAUACGAAACAGAGAUUAAUAUCACAAAGACCACGAUUCAUCAGGUCACCAUGCAAAAGGAGGAGGACACCAAUAACUAUAGAACACAGCUUGAUAAUGCCAUGAGAGAAAACAGGAAUUUGUGUGAAGAAAUUAGGAGGCUGAAGAACACAAUAAGUCAGACAACAGAUAAUCUACGGAAAAUAGAGGAGAAUGCUCAGCAACAGAAGGCAGCUGGCUCGGAGCUUUCUCAGAAGAAACAGCAGCUGGAGAUUGAGCUAAAACAAGUUAUUCAGAGGCACUCUGAUGAAAGCAUGCGCUACAAACAGUCACUUGAUGAUGCUUCUAAGACCAUUAAGGAAAGAAACAAAGAGAUUGAAAGGCUGAGAAAGUUGUUGGAUGUAGAAACAAGUCAAAGAAAAGAACUAGAGGAUGAGAACAGUCAGUUAAAGAGAGUCCAGUUUGACCUGCAAAAAGCAAACACGAGUGCAACUGAGACCAUUAACAAGCUGAGGAUCCAAGAGCAGGAACUGGCCAGACUGAAAAUUGACUAUGAAAGAGUCUCACAAGAGAAAAAAGGCAAGGAUCAAGAAAGUGCAAAGUUCCAGAGCACUGUAAAAGACUUGCAGAUCCAGAAGCAUAAGCUGGAGGAGGAACUUUGCAGGCAGAAUAAAAAUGCAAUGGAGGAGGCAUCCAGGAGGAAGAAACUGGAGGAGGAAAUAGAAGGCAUGAGGAGAUCUCUCAGAGAGCAAUCAGUUAAAAUAACUAAUCUCACACAGCAGAUAGAGGAAGUCUCUAUUGUAAAGAAGAGGAAUGAAGAUGACCUUAGGCACCAAAGAGAGGUGUUAGAUGGCCAUGUGAGAGAGAAGCAGAGGUACAUGGAGGAGAUAAGAAAAUACACCUCUGAUCUCGAGGCUUUGCGCCGUCAGUUGGUCCAAGAACAGGAGCAAUUCAAGCAGGCUCACCUACGAUGCGAGCACUUGCAGAAAUCCUCUGAAGAAAAGAGCAAAAACCUGAAUGAGUGCAAAAUAGAGAUCGAAAGGCUUCAGUCUCUCACCGAGAACCUAACCAAGGAGCACUUGUUACUGGAGGAAGAGCUGCGAAAUGUUAGAUUGGAGUACGAUGACCUCAGGAUGGUCAGAAGUGAAGUUGAUGAGAAAAAUACUGCCAUUGCUGAAUUAAAGAAUCAGCUUCAGAUGAGCAGCAAGCAAACCCUGGAGCUUCAGGGCUUGAUAAAUGAUUUACAGAAAGAAAGGGAAAAAUUGAGACAGGAAAUUGAAAAAUUCCAAAAGCAAGCUCUAGAGGCAUCCAAUAGGAUUCAAGAAUCCAAAACUCAGUAUAAUCACAUUAUGCAAGAAAGAGAAACCCUGCUGAUAAAAAUGAGUGCUCUGGAGCAAGACAAAGCCAGGCUGCAGAGGUUAGAAGAGGAGCUGAACCGUUUGAAAGUCACCCUAGAAUCAGAGUCUCGUGUGAAGCAACGACUGGAAAGUGAGAAGCAGCAAAUCCUAAAUGACCUCAAUCAGUGGAAGAGCCAGCACUCCCGGACAGAGGAAUCCAUAAGGAAGAUCCAGUGUGAGAGAGAGAAGAGUGAGAGGGAGAAGAACUCCCUGAGGACUGAGAUUGAAAGGCUGCAGAUGGAGAUCAAACGGAUUGAAGAGAGAUACCGGUGCAGACUGGAAGAGACUGCUGUCAAGAAUCAGUCAGAGCUGGAGUCUGAGCGUCUGAGGCUGCAGAGAGAGAUUGAGAAGCUCAAGCAACGCCCUUAUGGGUCCCACAGGUCCACACAGACUGAGGAAGACUUCUGUCUUGAUGCCUCCAAGUUGCUAUUCAGUGGAUUGCGGAAGAAGGUUACAGCAAUGCAGCUAUAUGAAUGUCAGCUGAUAGACAAACUCACCCUGGACAAACUGCUGAAGGGGCAGAGGUCAGUGGAAGAAGUUGCAGCUGACAUUGAGCCCUACCUGAAAGGGGCAGGUGCUAUUGCAGGGGUGUCUCUUUCACCCAGACAGAAGUACUCUUUUGUUGAGGCCAAACGCAAUCAACUGCUUACAGCAGAAAAUGCAGUCCUGCUCUUAGAAGCCCAGGCAGCAACAGGAGGUGUGAUAGACCCACACCGAAAUGAGAUUUUAACUGUGGACAGUGCUAUCGCCAGAGACUUGAUUGACUUUGAUGACAGAGAACAAAUCUACACUGCAGAAAAGGCUAUUACAGGAUUUAAAGAUCCUUUCUCGGGAAAAACUGUGCCAGUAUCUGAAGCCAUCAAGAAGAAUUUGGUUGACAGAGAGACUGGGAUUCGUCUGCUUGAAGCCCAGCUGGCUGUAGGAGGGAUUGUUGAUCCUGUCAACAGUGUUUUCCUACCCAAAGAUGUAGCUUUAUCUCGUGGCUUGAUUGACAAAGACCUGUACAGGCUUCUAUACAACUGCCAAGGUGCCACAAAGAACUUCAUUGAUCCCACCACCAAAAAGGCAGUCACUUACAUGCAGCUGAAGGAGAAAUGCAGGAUUGAACCACACACUGGUCUGCUUCUCCUCCCAGUGCAGAAGAGAAGCAUGUCAUUCCAAGGGAUCAGGCAGCCCGUCUCAGCAGAUGCACUGCUUGAGGCUGGAAUUAUCAAGGAAUCGACAAGGAAUGACUUGGAAAGAGGUGCAAUUACAGUGGAAGAAGUGAGCGAGAGAAUUAUUGAUUUCCUUCAGGGCUCUAGCUGUAUUGCAGGCAUCUACAAUGAGGCCACUAAAGAGAAGCUUGGCAUUUACCAGGCUAUGAAAAUUGGUUUGGUUAGACCAGGGACAGCCCUUGAACUCCUAGAAGCCCAGGCAGCCACGGGCUUCAUAGUGGAUCCUGUCAGCAAUGUAAGACUGCCUGUUGAGGAAGCUUACAAAAGAGGCCUUGUAGGAAUUGAAUUUAAAGAGAAGCUUCUGUCUGCUGAAAGAGCUGUCACUGGGUACAAAGACCCAGAAACUGGAAACAUAAUUUCUCUGUUUCAAGCAAUGAACAAAGAGCUCAUAGAGCGAGGCCAUGGCAUUCGCUUGCUGGAAGCCCAGAUUGCUACUGGAGGAAUCAUUGACCCCAAAGAGAGCUACCGACUGCCAGUAGAGACGGCCUACAAGCGUGGCUACUUCAAUGAAGAGCUCAACCAGAUCCUUAGCGAUCCAAGUGAUGACACCAAAGGCUUCUUUGAUCCCAACACAGAGGAGAACUUGACCUACUUGCAGCUGAAAGAAAGGUGCAUCAAGGAUGAAGCCACAGGGCUCUGCCUUCUCCCCCUGAGAGAGAAGAAGAAGGCAGUGCACACCUCGCAGAAGAACACCCUUAGGAAGCGCCGGGUUGUCAUCGUAGAUCCAGAGACAAACAGGGAGAUGUCCGUGCAGGAGGCAUACAGCAAAGGCCUCAUUGAUUUUGACACCUAUACAGAACUAGCUGAGCAGGAGUGCGAGUGGGAAGAAAUAACUAUCACAGGAUCAGAUGGCAGCAGCAGAGUAGUCCUUGUGGACAGAAAAACAGGUAGCCAGUAUGACAUCCAGGAUGCUAUUGAUAAAGGUCUGGUGGAGAGGAAGUUCUUUGAGCAGUACCGUUCUGGCAGCUUAAGCCUGACGCAGUUCGCAGACAUGAUCUCCUGCCGUAACGGCACCGACGAGGUGUUCCGGCAUGAGUCGGUGACUCGGUCUCCCACCGUGCUGAGUGUCAGGAGUUCUUCUUCACUGAUCAGGAGCGGCUCUUUCUCCGAGACCCCAGAUGAGUGCAGUCCUAUUGCAGCCAUAUUCGACACAGAAAACUUGGAGAAAAUCUCCAUUUCGGAAGCUAUACAGCGGGGCAUUGUGGAUAGCAUCACUGGGCAACGGUUGCUUGAAGCCCAGGCCUGCACAGGGGGCAUAAUAUGCCCGACUACAGGCCAGAGGCUUUCCCUUCAGGAAGCCACCAGUCAAGGCAUCAUCGAUCAGGAUAUGGCAACACGUCUCAAACCAGCCCAGAAGGCCUUCAUAGGGUUCGAAGGCAUAAAGGGUGGACGCAAGAGGAUGUCAGCAGCUGAAGCAGUAAAGGAAAAAUGGUUGCCUUAUGAGGCUGGGCAGAGGUUCCUGGAAUUCCAGUAUCUCACUGGAGGUCUUGUGGACCCAGAUGUACGUGGAAGAAUAAGCACUGAAGAAGCCAUUAGGAAUGGAUUGAUUGAUGGUCGUGCUGCCCAGAAAUUGCAAGAUACUAACAGCUAUCCCAAAAUUCUAACUUGCCCCAAGACCAAACUGAAAAUAUCCUACAAAGAUGCAAUGAAUCGGUCAAUGGUGGAAGACAUCACUGGGCUGAAGCUCCUAGAAGCAGCCUCUGUGUCUUCUAAAGGCAUCUCCAGUCCCUACAACGUCUCCUCAGCACCCGGCUCUCGCUCUGGCUCUCGCUCUGGCUCACGUUCAGGCUCCCGCAGCGGGUCCAGGAGGGGAAGUUUUGAUGCAUCAGCAAGCUCUUCCUAUUCUUACUCAUACUCAACCUUCAGCAGUGGGUCUAUUGGGCGCUAAUAAGUGGGGGAGUGUAUCUACAUUUUAAUAUCAUUUAGAUUAUUCUACUUCCCCGUUCCUAAAACCACAAAGAAACCCAAACCCUUAAGGUUUUUUUUCUGGAUGUGUUCAGCUUCUGAACAAGCUGUAAAAUGCCUGAACACAAAUUCAUGGAAUAUAGGUUAGGGGAUGCAGAAAGUCCUGCUUGUGAAUUUUGGUUCCCAUUUCCUUUUAAUGUUUGGAUUUUAGUUGGUGUCUGUACAUUUUAAAUAGUCUGUCUUGUACCUUCUCCUUUUAUCUGUCAACCAGAUAACUGUUAACUGAGGUUUGAAGUCUUGCAGUAAUUGUCUUCCCACCUAUUUUUUUCAGUCUGCUAUUAUGAAGA